AAAAUCAUGUAUGUAUACGUAUUUCACCUUGAAUAAAGAGGCUCUCAGGCUUUUCACGGAACAUUGCCCAAAAUGUGCCUGCGAGCGUUUAAUAUUUUACAUUAUUAAAUUAUAAAACAUUUCCAUCGCUCAACCCUCCUAAGCACAAUUUGAGAGCUCGACGUCAACUCAGUCUUAUUUCUAAGAGCCUGAUCUUCCUAUUAUAAUGAGAAACAAUAAGCUGAGCUUUCUCCUCUCGUAUCUAUCAUCAAGUAAACAUUCAAUGUACAAUCGCUUAUCACAAUAGUACAGCCGUUUCAUAGUCAUUAGUUAUUGCUUGAUAAGGGCAUAACCAGCCAAUCCAUUUGCUCCCUUAAUCACUGGGUACUUAGCCAAUAACGGAUGAAGAUGUUCGCUAGACAAUUCAACAACAGCAUUUUACACAAAUUACUUAUUUCACGUCACUUCCCGAUGCUUCAGCGGCUACUUAGUGCAUCUGUGGCAGAGGGAAAUGUGGUCGUUGUGCAGGAGCCGAAUGGUGGUGCACCUUUAAAAUUUCCCAGUGUUUGGUUACGCGACAAUUGCCAGUGUAGCUGCUGUUUUCAUAAAAAUACCAAGAGUCGACAGGCAAACUGGAUGCGUGGCAAUGUGGAAUCACGCAUCCGGAACAUAAGUGGUGGCCAUGAAGAGGAUGUAGUGGCUAUUGAUUGGUUCGAUGACCACAAAUCGGUCUUCAAACUAGACUGGCUGCGGGAUAGAGACUUUGCACCAACUAAUCGCGAACGCUACAUUGAAGAAGUUUAUAAGCCAUCCUACCAAUUGUGGUCAAAGCCGGAUUUCCCAAAGGUGUGGCGCACUUUCGAGUUUAAGGAUGUUAUGGAAAAAGAUGGAAGUUUCUUGCAAUGGUUGGAGUCAUUAGCGGUACAGGGGUUUUCAAUUAUCAAAAAUGCGCCGCAUGAUGUAACUGUGGCUAGGCAACUUUCUGAUCGUAUUGGCUUUAUAAAGCGCACCACUUAUGGUGAAGAGUUUGAGGUAAAGUCGAAGGAGAACGCAACCAACUACGCCUACCUAAUGUCACCCCUGCCACUGCAUACAGAUUUGCCAUAUUACGAACACCAGGCCGGCAUCAAUCUGUUACACUGCUAUGUGCAGUCUCUUUCUCACGGUGGCAGUAAUCUUUUGGUCGAUGGUUUCUACGUUGCAGAAAGAUUACGCAAGGAAUUUCCAAUUUUUUUCGAAAUACUGUUAAAAACGCCAGUUGAUUGGUAUGAUCUCGGCAAGGACAGUGGCAUAUCGUUCCAUAAUAUCUGGCGCUCACCAAUGAUUUCUUUGGAUGUGGAUGGCCGUUACCAUCGCAUUAACGAGAACAGCAUGAAGCGGGAUAGUCACUUCACGAUAGCACUCGAGGAUGUGGUACCCUGGUAUGAAGCUUACGACAAAUUCAUUGAAUUAGCAUACGCACAGACUGUGGAAUUUAAAAUCACACCUGGCGAAGUUUUUGCCUUUAACAACAUGCGUAUGUUGCAUGGACGCACUGCGUAUGAAGAUUCGCCUACUAACAAACGACAUUUGAUAGGUGCCUAUGUUGAUUGGGACAUUAUCUAUUCUAAGAUACGUAUCCUUAGGUCACACAAAAAAACAAAAUGGAAUUAAAGUAGAAAAAUAAAUGCAUAUACACGUAGA